CAACUCAAGCAGUUUAAGUGUUGAUUGAACUCAUUGCCUUCCCAAUCUGGUUCUUGCAGAUUAAGGACUCUACCCUAGCUUUGUUCCAAGCAAAGUCAUGACCUCCAAGCAGAUGGUGCAUAUGAAUCAAGGACAAGGGGAAACAAGCUAUGUUCGCAACUCCGAUAUUCAGAAUGCUCUGCAGAACAGGCUGAAGCCCCUGAUAGAAGCGGCCAUCGUUGAGUUAUGCAGCAGCACUAACACCUCGUUCCCCGAAAAAAUGCUGAUCGCGGACUUGGGCUGCUCCUCUGGACCAAACGCGCUAGCACUGGUAUCGAUUGCUGUCGAGGCCAUCCAUAGCCACUGCCUUCAGUUACAGCAGCCACCACCGGAAGUGUGCGUGCUCCUCAACGACCUGCCUGACAACGAUUUCAACACUGUGGUGAAGAGCCUGGUCAUGCUCCAUCAAAGCAACAAGCCUGCUGUUGUGACUGUUGGGAUCACGCCGGGGUCGUUUUAUGAGAGGCUCUUCACUAGUGGCUCCAUGCAUCUUUUCUGCUCGUCCAACAGCCUGAAUUGGCUCUCAAAGGUUCCUGAAGAUCUAACGAGGAACCGGAUUCCGGCUUACGAUGUUGAUGAGCAUGCUAGGAGUGAAAGGCUCCCUAUGGUCUUUGAGGCUUAUGCACAACAAUUCAGGAAAGAUUUCACACUUUUCUUGGAGCUGAGAGCCAAAGAACUAGUCCCAAGAGGCUGGAUGGUUGUGUCCCUUACAGGAAGGCGUUCUGAUGACUGCGCUUCGAAAUUCUCUCACGUGUGGGAAAUCUUUGCUCAGAUUCUAAGUGUCAUGGCCUCAGAGGGCAUGAUUGACAAAGUGAAGUAUGAUUCGUUCUACGUUCCGGUGUAUGGACCUUCGGAUGAAGAGCUCCGGGAGAUCAUCCAAGCAGAGGGCUCCUUUUCGAUCACUGAGAUGCGGGCACACGACUUCACACGCGGUCGGGACGCCGGUCUCAUCACUGCAGGCUGGUAUGCGAACCAGAUGAGAGCCGCGUUUGAGCCGAUAGUCGUGCAUCAUUUCGGAGAUGUGAUGGAUGAAUUUGUGAGGACCGCGGAGCGGCGCUGGAGCGUGGAGGGAAGCUUGCAGGAGGAGGUUGCCAGAUACCCUCGGGCUCAGCUUGUCGCCUCGCUCACCAAGAAAGCAUGAUGAUCACUUGGCCAUAUCGCUCGUUUCUAGGGGAAAAUGCAUGUCAAAUUCACCAUGUAAUUAAAGCACAUCCCUUUUGUGUUAUGUCUG